AUGAUGAAGCUCUCGCUGUGGCUCGUCUCCGCCGCGCUCGCUGCCGUCGCGUCCGCCGCCGCCCCCGAGGCCCGGGGCUCGUUCGACUACGCGGCGCACCUCGGGAACCUCUCGCCCUACCGCUCCGCGGCCGUGCCGUCCGGGAUGACCACGACGCUCCCGGACGGGUGCGUGGUGGAUCAAGUCAUGCUCGCGGCGCGCCACGGCUCGCGCUACCCGCUCUCCUCUGAGCUUACGUCGAUCACGGGCCUCGUCCAGGCGCUGGGCAACGCGACGGGCGCGGUCGCGAAGGCGCGGCUGCCCGCCGACCUCGCCUUCCUCAAGGCCGGCUACACGAGCACGCUCGGGCACGACGACCUCACCGCGCCCGGGCGGCUCCAGCUCUUCCAGCACGGCGUCGAGUUCGCGCUCGCGUACCCGCACCUCCGGGCGACGGGCGUGCUCGCGGGCAACCAGGACCGCGUGCUCGAGAGCGCGCAGUGGUUCGCGCAGGGCUACUUCGGGCGCGGGUGGGGCGCGAUGAACGCGUCCGCGUUCGCGACGAUCAACGAGGACCACGCGACGGUCUCGUGGAUCACGCCGACGGGCACCUGCAAGAAGUGGGACUACAACUACGGGAACAACGCGACGAUUGAGUGGGGGAGCGUGUACCUGCCCCGGAUCGCGAAGCGGCUGAACAAGGUCGUGCCGGGGGUGGGCUUCACGACGGACAACGUGCACGGGGCGCUGUACGCGUGCGCGUACGACCUCGCCGCGCACGGCGUCUCGCCCUGGUGCGGCGCGUUCACCCCGGCGGAGAUCAAGGACUUCGAGUACGAGCUCGACCUGCUCAUGGACGGCGCGUUCGGGUACAACCUCCCCACGCCGAUGGGCGCCGUCCUCGGCGGGCUUUACGUCCAGAAGCUCGUUGAGCGGUUCACGAACGAGACCGGGACGGCCUCGCCGAUGUACCUCGAGUUCGGGCACGACACCACGAUCGACCUCGCGCUCACCGCGCUCGGCCUCUUCGCGGACAAGCCCCCGCUGUCCGCGUCCGGCCCCGCGCGCGCGAGCCGCAAGUUCCGCACGUCCUCCCAGGUGCCCUUCGCGGCGAAGAUGGUCUGGGAGCGCUUCGCGUGCGGCGCGGGCGGCGCGCCGCAGAUCCGGCUGCUGCUCAACGACGCGCCGGUGCCGCUGGCGAUGUGCGCGAAGACGGAUAAGAGGCUCGGGUCGUGCGCGCUCGCGGACUUUGUGCACGCGAACGCGGCGAGCGUCGAGCACGGCUGGGGGGACGCGCGGUGGAACGCGACGUGUGGGAUGUGA